AUGACAACAUACCUAGUAGAGAUAUCCUCCAGGAAUGACUUGAAAAGAGUUGCUGAACAGCCAGAUAUUAUCCUGUCGGUUAGUUGUCUGUUGGAGCAGCUUCGUGGAGCUGCCAGUGCAACGGAACCUCGAAUGCAGAAGUCCAUAUAUGAGAUGGGGUUUCCAAUAUUAAAUUUUACUUUGAGUCUUCUCGGAGUUUAUAAGCAUGAGUCUGCAGUUAUUGAUUUGCUGCUUAAGUUUGUUGUUGAAUGUGUGGACGGACAAAUUACCUACCUUGAAGCACAGGAGUCCACAGUUGUUAUUGAUUACUGCAUGCGCUUACUUCAACUUUACUCAUCUCACAAUAUUGGCAAGAUUUCUUUAAGUCUGUCAAGCGGCUUGCUUAAUGAUGCAAAAACAGAGAAAUACAAAGAUUUGCGGGCUCUGCUUCAACUCCUUUCUAGCCUUUGUUCAAAGGAUCUGGUUGAUUUUUCAUCGGAUUCUUUGGAAGCCCAUGGAACAAGCAUAUCUCAGGUUGUCUUCUAUGGUCUUCAUACGGUCACUCCUCUGAUGUCUUUGGAGUUGCUGAAGUACCCCAAGCUCUGUCGUGAUUACUUCUCGUUGCUGUCACAUAUGUUGGAAGUAUAUCCUGAAAUGGUGGGACAACUAAACAAUGAAGCCUAUAGUCAUAUUCUUCAGACUCUUGAAUUUGGCCUACAUCAUCAGGUUCUUGAGGAUAGUGUGACGAGUGCAGAAGAUGGUAUCUCGUGUGUGGUGAGUGCUGCGGAUGAUGGAAGUUGCAGCUCUAAGAGAAGCUAUAGAUUUUUCAAGUGGUGA